AUGUCAUCUACGAGAGACAUCGAGUCGGAGGCGGGAAUAAAACAGCCGCGCCUCCUUGCGGAAACAAUUCCUGUGCUACUUCGCAACAGAGACGUCAACAACAUUUCAGCUAUGGAUGAAUUAUCCCUGUCGUCCGCCCUCAACUCGGAGUCAAACGCAGCACCAACGAACCAUCCUCAAACUCGUCGAUACGGUCGCCCAUCAGCUGAGACAGCCGCUCGGCUUCGGGCCGCAGAAUACAGCCAGUGCCCAAGUCGAGACUUUACGCCGACUCGCUCCUCUCGGACAGACCCCACGAAACGCUCAAGCCCAUUCUCCCGGCGGAGCUUACUCCAAGAUUGUCCUACUCCGCUUCGCGCACGCUUCCGCAGCAACUCUACCCCUCACGACAAGCUAUUCAGAAUUCUUAUCGACGCAGCUAUUCACUCCGUAUACUUCACAACUCCCCCACGUACCCCAGGUGAACUCGAGUGGUGGAUCCUUACUUGGAUGUAUGACUCGCUGGACACGUUUGGCUUCAAACACUUCUGUUCCAUCAGCUCCCUGGAGGACCUUUUGGUAGCUUUGGUAAAGCAUCUAGAGGGCGAGUUCAUCCGACAGUCGAAGCCCCACCCAAACCGUUACUUCAUGAUGCGUAGGCUUGUUGCAGACUAUGGCGCGCCGUACCCCACGGAGGUCUUCGACGAUAUUCACAAGGAUAUCCAGGAGCAACUUGCCAGUCUCUCUUGA